AUUUUUCUUUCACAAAUUUUAUUUAAUCAUUAAAAAUACCCAUCUGGUUGCUCACUUGAGUGAAGUCAAAAUUCAAAAAAUACACCGCUAUGACGACCCACUUCUACUACCCAAACAAGGAGCUGCAGGAGGAGCUCAUCUGCAUAUCGAAGGCGUUGGUGGCUCCUGGAAAGGGUAUCCUGGCGGCCGACGAGUCCAGUGCAGUGAUGGGCAAACGGUUCCAGCUGAUCGGUGUGGAGAACACGGAGGAGAAUCGCCGGAUAUACCGGCAAAUGCUAUUCACCACCGAUCCGAAGAUAGCGGAGAAUAUAUCCGGCGUGAUAUUCUACCAUGAAACACUGCAUCAGCGCACGGAUGACGGACUGCCAUUUGUGGAGGCCCUCAGAAAGAAGGGCAUCCUCACGGGAAUCAAGGUGGACAAGCACUUUUCUCCACUCUUUGGCUCCGAGGAUGAGUUCACUACUCAGGGUCUGGAUGAUCUGGCCAAUCGAUGUGCCCAGUACAAGAAGGAGGGCUGCAGCUUUGCCAAAUGGCGCUGCAUCCUGAAGAUCACCAAGAAUACUCCUUCACCGCAGGCGAUUUUGGAAAACGCGAAUGUCAUGGCCCGGUAUGCGGCCAUCUGCCAAUCGCAGCGACUGGUGCCCAUCAUUAGUCCCGAGGUCCUGGCCACCGGAGAUCAUGACUUGGAUCGGUGUCAGAAGGUCAACGAAAUCCUGCUGGCUGGAGUGUACAAGGCUCUCAGUGAUCACCACGUUUUCCUUGAGGGAACUCUGUUGCAACCCAGCAUGGUGAUGCCCGGACUGCAGAGCAAUAAGAACCAUCCACCAUCGGAUAUUGGAAUGGCUACAGUUCUCGCCAUCAGGCGAACUGUACCUCCGGCCGUUAUGGGAGUCCUGUUCUGUAGUGGCGCUCAAUCGGAAGAGGAGGCAUCGGUUCAUUUGAAUGCCAUUAACAAUGUUCCGCUCUGUAAGCCUUGGGCCAUGAGCUUCGCCUUUGAUCGGGCACUUCAAACGUCGAUUUUGAGGACUUGGGGUGGCAAGAAGGAGCAGAUCACCCAUGCUCAAAACGAACUCAUCAAGCGAUGCAGGGCUAAUGGUCUGGCAAGCAUUGGAAAAUAUAUAGUUGGGUCCGUGGAAAGCUCGGCGGCCACUGAAAGACUCAUUCAAGAAGCGGUCGAAUUCUAAGAAAUAAUAUUAGUGGAAGCUUUAGUCUGCAGCUGUGAUGUUAUCAAAAUCUUAAAUAUAAUGGAACAUCAUUCGAUCUUAAGUAUAAUGGAA